GAAAUAUAAAUAAAUCAAAACAAAGGCAACUCAUUGCACGUGUGGCGAACAUUAACAACAACAACAAGAAUAAGAAGAACAAUCACAAGGAAUUCCAAAUUAGAAAAGUUCAAAACGUAAUUGCAUCAAAAAGAAGGAAAUGCCAAGUCAUUUCGUAUAAUGUCGCACAUUGACAACAUCUUCAUCCAAGUGAGGGCUCGCCUGCAGGCCGACAAGGUAAAGCUAUGGGAGGAGCCAUACUAUUCAGAGGAACUCGGUAGCAUUGAGGCAGCCAUGGAGAAUUUGGCUUUGAACUAUGCCCAGAAAAUGGGACAUAUUGAUUCGUCGCACUUGAAAUGUGUUCUCACCGAACUCCAGGACAAUGCCCUUCGCAAAUUGGCAUCGAGGCGUGAGUUCACGGAGACUGGAAUGGCCACCUUUAAACUGCGUCGCAUUGACAAUCUUGGUGGCACCACCACCAUGUUGGACAUUAAGUGUGAUCUGAAUGCUUUGGGCUUGCAAUUGCAGGAGAUCAUUGCCAGGAAGUUGCAGCUGAGCAAUGCCAACUAUGUGAAAUGCAUAUCGGGUGGCAGAAUCGUCGCCUCCAAUGUCACAUUAGCUGCCCAGCAGUUGCGCAACAAUCAACAGUUGAUGGUGAUUGUGGGCCAGCAGUCGGGUUCCGACAAUCAAAAUGGUGCUGCACUCUACGAAAGAAUUCAGAAGAUCAAGGAAGAUGUGGCAGCAAUGGUAUCAUCACAAAAUCGCAUGAUGGAGAUGGAAGAUCAGGAUGGGAAUCCAGUGUUUUUGCCGCCCGCUGAGAAUCGUGCCCUGCUCAUCGGUCUGGGCUACUGUGAGAAGGCGCGCUCAGCCAUGCGGCGAGAGGACUAUGAGGAGUCAUUGCUCUUGCUACUGGAGGCCGAUGAACAAUUUGCCAAUUGUAAUUCCAAAUUCCUGGAAUCUGUUGAUAAUUAUGCUCUGCUCAAUCUGGACAUUGUCUGGUGUUAUCUGUGCCUGAAGAAUGUCUCCCAACUGCCGGAUGCCGAGAGGCGUCUGAAUAUCUGUGAGCGUAGCUUUCGUUGCAGUUAUGGCGAGAACUUUAAUCGUCUGUAUGCUCUGAAGGGUCGCUCGUGUCCAGAGCGUGCUCUGAUCAUGCGCUUGCAACUGUUGCAAGGUGUUGUGUUUUUCCAUCAGAAUCGUCGGGACGAGGCAUAUGAGAGAUUCGAGUCAGCUGGCAGAAUGCUAAGUGAACUUAAGGUCAACGAAGAUCAGCUAAUGAUGCUGGUGGAGAUGGGCUUCGAUAUGGGUGAAUCGCGUUUAGCUUUGCGCUCCUGUUCGGGUGUUGGCAAUGUGGAAAGGGCUGUGCAAUUCAUUCAGGAGCGGCGUCAGCAGUUACGCGAUGCUCGGAAACAAUCCAAGGCGGAGCGUGAGCUGCAACGUCAGCAUUACAAAAAAGAUGCCAAAGAUAGUGACUGGGUUAAUCCGCGGAGUGUGUGCACUUUAAUUGAGAUGGGUUUCCCUCGACGACUGGCCACAGAGGCUCUUAAACGUACCAAAAAUGAUGUACCCAAAGCGGUGGAACUUCUCCAAAGCCAUUCAGGGGAAUUGGAACGUGCCGUCUUAAGUGAUAACAGUCAAAAUUUGUCUGCCGAUUCUGUGCAUUUGGCUGCACUGCAGCAAUUAGGUUUCGAAGAGGCAACUUCACGUGUCGCUUUGGAGAGCGCCAAGAAUAAUGUGGAACAAGCCAUAGAAUUUCUCCUGAAGGCCUUUCAAAGCGAGGAGGAGCUAAAGAGUAUGGUGAAACGGGUCACUCAAUUGGCCAAAGGCGAUAUAGCCCAAUUGGAUGGACCCUCCACAUCGCAUCAAGUGCCACCCCAAGGACCGCUUAUCCAUGCUGUACUCAGUAAGGCCAAAACUGAAAUGGAGGCAUACAAGGCAUAUAAACGAUUCAAUUCAGAUCUGUCACAAUCGGAUCAGGACUACUUGGACUUGCCUUUGAAUCAGGAAGAGCAGCUUUUGGCCGAGUAUCGCAAACUGCUCGAACAGUGAUUGUUUCUUUUUUUUUUCUUUUUUUUAGUGUUUAAGAUAAAAGUUUUUAAAUUAUAAAUCGAUUUCCUUGAUUGGGAAAAGAAGAGAACCUGUUACUGAGAGAAAACAGCAA